GCUCCCUCCUUCACAUCUGUCAACAUACCUGACUGCGAGGAAGUCCCAGCUGGUGACCGCUGUCCGCAGGGGCCAGGGAAAGCAGGAAAGCAAAUGGAGGGGAACACCUUGAUUUGGUGCUUGAGGAAAAGUGAAAGCCUGUGCUGAUGCUUCUUACCAACGUCCCAAACUCUUGAGCGAGGAUUGGAACAGUCGUGGGCCACCACUGCGGAGUCAAGACGGAAUCUGAGAGGAGAAUCCAGAUUCUAAAACAGCAGUCAAGGUCGGCAUUGAUCCCAGUUUCUCUUCUGAGAUUCAGCAGAAGUUCCUGAUGGAGGAAGACAAUACCCAGAGAGAGGAGCCUGAGCAGGAGGGAGCUGACAAAGUGGCUACUGAUUCCGACAAGAUCAUGGCGGAGCACAGCCACAAGCAGAAGCCGCUCGAUUUACAGAAUGGUAGCUUAGAGGCCAGCUUUGUGGCAAAUUCCCUCGAGGACAAUUCCCCAAACAUGAUGGAGAGCCUGAGCCCGAAGAAAUAUUCCUCCAGCCUAAGGUUUAAAGCCAAUGGAGACUAUUCGGGCUCUUACUUAACCCUCUCACAACCUGUGGCUGCUAAGAGAAGCCCUUCCCCUCUGGGAUCCAAUGUCAGGAGCAGCCCCUCACUAGCCAAAAUCCAGGGAAGCAGGCAGUUCUCCUGUGAUGGAACUGACAAAAGUAUUUCCGUGAAACCGCCCACCCCUCUCCUCAGCACUUCCCCCUCCCUCAGUGGGUACCCACUUGGGAGAGCGGACUUUGAUCAUUAUACUGGCCGGGACAGCGAAAGGUCCUUGAGGCUGGCAGAGAAGCCUCCCUAUUCCAAAUACAGCUUAAGGAAUAAAUCCCAUGACAAUGUCUACUUUCUCGGGGGGCUGGAAGGCCGAAAGGUGUCCGGCUCACUCCUGACCAUGUGGAAUGGAAGUUCCCUGAGCGACACUGGCCCCUCUCCCAUCAGCAGAUCGGGGGCAGCAAGCAUGCCUUCAAGCCCAAAGCAAGCCAGGAAAAUGAGCAUCCAGGACAACCUGACCCUUCAGCCCAAGCUGAGCCGACACAAGGAGCCGGCGUCUGAAAACAUCGGUUUAAGAACCAGGAAGUAUUCGGGCAGCAGCCUGAGUCACAUGGGAGCCUAUAGCCGCUCUCUCCCCAGGUUACACAGGGCCACCGACAACCAGCUGACGCCUCUCAGUUUGCCUCCCAGAAACUCUCUGGGCAAUUCCAAACGAACAAAACUGGGGGAAAAGGAUCUACCUCAUAGCAUCAUAGACAACGACAAUUACCUGAAUUUUUCUUCUUUGAGCUCAGGGGCUUUACCCUAUAAACCCUCCGCAUCGGAGGGGCAUCCUUAUGUCAGUUCCACCCUCAGCGUCCCUGCCAGUCCUCGAGUGGCUCGGAAGAUGCUUCUGGCCUCCACCUCCUCCUGCACCUCUGAUGACCUUGACAGGGCUCCCUACUCCGGGUCCGGCCCGGGGCACUCGUUUCCUCCCGGGGACACGUUCGCCGCCAGGAGGAACUUCUGUGGGUCUGUCGAGUUUGAUGACGCCGACCUGGAGAGCCUCCGACAGGCCUCAGGAACUCCCCAGCCCAUCCUCCGGGAGAGGAAAAGCAGCAUCAGCUCCAUUUCCGGCCGCGAUGACCUGAUGGACUAUCACCGGCGGCAGAGGGAGGAGAGACUCAGGGAGCAGGAGAUGGAGCGACUGGAGAGACAGCGCCUGGAGACGAUCCUCAGUCUCUGUGCUGAAUACACGAAGCCUGACAGUCACUUGUCCACCGGCACCACUGUAGCCGACGUGCAGAAGAUCAACAAGGAGCUUGAGAAGCUGCAGCUGUCUGACGAGGAGUCUGUGUUUGAGGAAGCCGUGGUGAGCCCUGACGCCAGGUACAGGUGCCACCCGAAAGGCUCUCUCCACGAUGCCGACUCGGCGGUCUUCGGGAGCGUUGGGCAGAGUGGUGCCGGCUUCCUUUCCCCCAGGAGCAUCAGGAAUGAUGAGCUGCUCAGGGACCUCACGCCUGCCUUCCUGAAAACAUCCAGCGAGUCUGCUUAUCUUAGUAUCCUACCCAAGACCCCUGAGGGUAUAAACGAAGAACAAAGGAUUCAGGAGUUGGCUGCAAUGGAAGAGACCCGGAUAGCAAUAAUGAAUAACCUCGAGGAACUUGAACAAAAAAUCAAAGAUAUCAAUGACCAGAUGGAUGAAUCUUCCAGAGAGUUGGAUAUGGAAUGUGCUCUUUUGGAUGGAGAACAGAAAUCCGAAACAACUGAACUCAUGAAAGAGAAGGAAAUUUUGGAUCAUCUAAAUCGGAAAAUAGCAGAACUGGAAAAGAACAUCGUUGGUGAAAAGACCAAGGAGAAGGUAAAGCUUGAUGCUGAAAGGGAAAAACUAGAGAGGCUUCAGGAGCUUUACUCCGAGCAGAAGACCCAGCUGGACAAUUGUCCUGAGUCCAUGAGGGAACAAUUACAACAACAACUGAAGAGGGAUGCCGACCUGUUGGACGUGGAGAGCAAACACUUUGAAGACCUGGAAUUCCAGCAGCUUGAGCGUGAGAGCCGUCUGGAUGAGGAGAAGGAGAACCUGACCCAACAGCUCCUACGUGAAGUAGCUGAGUAUCAGCGGAACAUCGUGACUCGAAAGGAAAAAAUUUCUGCAUUGAAAAAGCAAGCCAAUCACAUUGUCCAGCAGGCUCAGAGAGAACAAGAUCAUUUUGUGAAAGAAAAGAAUAAUUUAAUAAUGAUGUUACAGAGAGAAAAGGAAAAUCUUUGUAAUUUGGAAAAGAAAUACUCCAGCCUCUCUGGGGGGAAAGGGUUUCCUGUCAACCCCAGUACUCUGAAAGAGGGCUAUAUCAGUGUAAAUGAAAUUAAUGAGCCAUGUGUCAAUUCCACGAAUCUGUCCCCUUCCACUCAGUUCCCCGCUGACGCUGACGCUGUUGCCACUGGGCCUACCACAGCUGUGCUGGUGAGCCAGCCACAAAAUAAAGAGCAUUUUAGAAGUCUGGAAGAAAGGAAAAAACAGCAUAAAGAAGGCCUCUAUCUGAGUGACACUUUGCCUCGAAAGAAAACCACACCUUCCAUAUCCCCACAUUUCAGCAGUGCUACUAUGGGGAGAAGCACCGCCCCAAAGGCUCACCUGCCCCUGGGACAGAGCAACAGCUGUGGCAGCGUCCUCCCUCACUCGCUGGCAACCAUGACCAAAGACUCAGACUCUCGGAGGACGCUCAGAGGAAGAAUGAAUUUCUCAGCAGGAGCGAUUAGUAAUUCCAAAAAUUCAAGUAUCAAAGGGUAUAAUCACCAACAGAUGAGUGAAGGACAAAGGCAGAAAUCUUCUGACUUUUACAACCGCACAGCCUCUGAAUCAAAUGUCUACUUGAACAGUUUCCACUACCCCGACCACAGUUACAAGGACCAGGCCUUUGACACGCUGAGCCUAGACAGCUCCGACAGCAUGGAAACCAGCAUCUCUGCCUGCUCACCUGACAAUAUCUCUAGUGCCAGCACGUCAAAUAUUGCCAGGAUAGAAGAAAUGGAGAGACUUUUGAAGCAGGCUCACGCAGAGAAGACCCGGCUGCUUGAGUCCAGGGAACGGGAAAUGGAAGCCAAGAAACGAGCUCUGGAAGAAGAAAAACGACGCCGAGAACUUCUGGAAAAGCGAUUGCAGGAAGAAACUAGCCAGCGGCAGAAGUUAAUUGAAAAGGAAGUAAAAAUAAGGGAGAAACAGAGGGCACAGGCUCGACCUCUGACGCGCUAUCUGCCUGUCCGGAAAGAAGACUUUGAUUUGCGAAGCCACGUAGAGACUGCUGGCCACAAUAUCGAUACCUGUUAUCAUGUGUCAAUCACAGAGAAGACCUGCCGAGGAUUCCUUAUCAAAAUGGGUGGAAAAAUUAAAACUUGGAAAAAACGAUGGUUUGUUUUUGAUCGGAACAAGCGCACUUUCUCUUAUUAUGCAGACAAGCAUGAAACUAAAUUAAAAGGAGUGAUAUACUUCCAAGCCAUUGAAGAAGUGUAUUAUGAUCACCUCAAGAACGCUAAUAAGAGCCCCAACCCACUACUCACCUUCAGCGUCAAGACGCACGACAGAAUCUACUACAUGGUCGCGCCGUCGCCGGAAGCCAUGCGGAUCUGGAUGGAUGUGAUCGUCACCGGCGCGGAAGGAUACACGCACUUCCUGUUGUAGGGCCCGGGCGGCACCGCCCACGGCAGGGCAGACUGCAGUAAUCUACGAGAACGAAGCCAUGUUCCAUCCCAGAAGGCAGGACCCGGUGCACGCAUCCCUCUCGCUGUGUAUACUCAGAACUCCUUUUAUAUUAACAGGAAGUCAUUUAUAAAAGAGAAGAAAAGGGGUUUACAUCCAAAGCGGGAUGAUAAGUAGCAAAAGGAUUGAAGCACCUAUGAGAGAAAAAAAAAAAAAUACCACUAUUUUGAUAAAUAGCGUCACUUAUAGGAACGUUUCUUAUAAACUCUUCUUGCCAAUUGUUUACUUUGGUGAAAUAAAUGGAACGGUUUACAAAAUGUGUGUACCUAGAAAUACGAAAUUAUUGUAGCACCCCAGUUACUGCUAGUGACAUUAUUGCUUAUCAACCGUUUUUUUAAAAAGCAUUUUGCUGGAGGUUAUUUUAUAAAUAGAAGCAAAUAAGGGUUUGGAAGGGAAUAUAUUUUUAGGAGGAGUUUUGCCCUAAUUAUUAAGUACUGCACCUAAACCAAAGACUUGAUAUGACUUCUCUUUAAUAGUGGUAGUUCCAGGUGAUGAAUCGCAUUUAGUGUUACUCUUCAUUUUCAAAUGGUACUUUGAUGCCAUCAACUGUCUAGAAAGUUGACUCUGAAGAGUUACCACUGGUAUAAGCUAUUGUACAUAUAGAGCAAGUCACUUUUUGUAAAAGAAGAAAAAACAAAAAGCUGUGUGUUUUAGACGGAAGCCGCCUUAUUAAACAGACAUUCUGUCACUUUGAGCAAUUUAAGAUAAGGAGACUAUUUCAUGGUUUGCUGAAAAUUUCUCCAUCCCCAGUGCUGAGAAUAAAGGUAGCCAGCAGCUGAUUUCCUUUAGAUUGCCUGUUUCCUCUUUUUUGUGGAACACAGCUGUUGAUUGCAGCCUCACGUGAUAUAACCAUGAAUCAGACCUCUGUUUUCACCAAAGAACAGACCAAUUAAAAUACUUAUUUACUGAAGUAGCAUAGUUCUAUAAAAAGAAAAAUGAACUUCAACUUAAUGUUCUUUGUAAUGUACUAUUUCAUUAUGUAUUUCUUUACAUUUAGCCUUUGUUUUUUAGAGUUAAAUUAAUUUUUGUUGGAUGAAAUGACUUCAGGCAAGUCUAUUUUAUAACAUUUUUUCAAAUGACUUUAUCCUGGUUUAUCAUGUUGUAUGUAUUGCAAGUAUGAACGUACUGUUUCCAAAAAAUUGGCAAAUGAGCAGAAGUAGAAAAUGGUGGCUUUGCUUACUAGUACAGGUAAAAUAAUUAGAUUGAAAGUGUCCAUAAAAUCUUUGUCAGGCCUGAUGGGGUACAAUUCUUAAAACUUUGCAGUUUGCAUACAUGUUGCCAAUAAUAAGAUUUUGCAACUGGAUGACACAUGAUUUUACUUGAACAGUGGAGGACAAGGUCAUGAUUGCAAAAGACAUUUUUAUAAUGUGUUUUUUUCAGAGAAUCUCCCCAAACCCCAUAAUGAUUAAAAGAGUGAAAUGCAAUUGUUAACAUUUUGUUGGUCAAUGUAAAGAUAUAACUUGUCUGUACUGUACUUUAGGAUUAUAAAGAUGUUCGAAUCAGCAUUAUAUCUUGCAUGAUGUAGUAAACCUUUUAAAACGUGUGUUAAAAUAUGUUGAGUAUGGAUUAAAAUGUUGACCAGAUUCCACAUUUGAAAAUAAACUCAUCUCUCAUGAGGCA